GUAGCGUAAAGUCAUGUCCGGUUUGAGGCGCUGGUUGUUGUUCUGUGAAGUGUCCUGCUUUCUAAAACGUUUCGUCUUGUACACGAUUUUUGACAUAUGUGGGAUUUACAAGGCGUCUUUCUGUGGACUAUUCGACUGUUCUUUCGUCCCGUUAACUAAAGCAUCAGCAGCGUGGAGGUGUAACAGUCGCCGUCCGCACGUCACGGACGCGUCAGACGUUAGCGGCCUGUAAAGUGUUGCUCUGCGACCACUGAGCAGUUUAUUAUUAUUAUUUUUGAAAGAGAAACAAAAUGGAAGCUACUGACGCCUCGUGCUCCAAACACGUCCAGAACCAGGACGUCCUCGAAGAACCGGAAAAUCACGCGAAGAAGCUGGCGAGUAUGGAGCAGCGGAUAGAGACGCUGGAGAGGCUCGUCAGCGAGCUGGAGCAAGAGAAUGCAAAGUCAAAGGCCAGAAUAAAGGAGGCAGUGACAGAAGCCACAGAAGAACUUGGGAAGGAGUUUUAUUGUCCCAUUUGCUUCCAGUUCUACAUCAAUCCUGUCAUCAUCAACUGUGGUCACACCUUUUGUUGGCAUUGCUUAAGCAUAUGGUGGGACGACAGCCCAAACUGUCCCAUCUGCAGACAAACCAUUGAGUUGCUAACCCGUUGCCUGCCAUUGAUGGAAUUUAUUGACAAAAUGGUGGACCGCAUGGGUCCGGAGCACAGGGAAAAACGAGAGGCGCUCAUCACCGAGAGGAAACAACUUGAUGAGGCACGAUUUUUGGCAGCAAUGGAGGAAGAGGAUGCCAACGAGGCAGCAGAGGCGGCGGCGGCAGCAGCAGCAGCGGGGCAGGUGGUGGAGGAGGAGGAAGAGGAGGAGGAUGGGGACGAAGAAGAGCAACAGUGAUUGAAGCACAAAAAAAAGUAGUACCUCUGAUAAGUGCUGUGACCGAUCUACACCUGCUUCGUGUGAUGUCAUUUCCUUAAGCCUGCCACUUGCUACAUAUUGAGAUACGAAUACGGCUUUGCCACAGUCCUGUUGUGAGGCGUGCGCCUCGGUGAGAUGAGACCACCACGCGGCAUUUCCAACAUGUUCGAAACUCCCUGCAACAUGGCCUGGGCUAUAUUUCCUUUAUUACAUCAUCAGGUGUAUUGUGUGGUGUUGCAUAGAGCAGCCGAAAAGAAACUAGGCUGAAGUCUCCUGGACUUGCAUGCAGACUUUGGGUGACAUGGAGAUGCACAGUUCUGUUGUUAAAACUCCAAAUAAGGGCAGCCAAAAUACUAAAAAAAAAAAAAA